AUGGGGUUUUUCUGCCAGCAUGGCUGUACCACCAAUGACACCAAUGCGAAGUAUAACAGUCGUGCGGCUCAGAUGUACAGAGAGAAGAUUCGACAGCUUGCCAACGCUGCGCUCUCCAAGUAUGGCACUGAUCCUGCCAACAGUUGGAACAUAGCUUCCCCAUCCCUAACGGAUGAGAAUGGAGCCGUAACCCCUCAACUGGAGCAGAGCAAUCUUAAGAGUUCAGAAACCAGCACUCAACCUGAAGAGGGUCCGAGCAUUGAAGGACUGAGCACAAGUCCUAAAGCCACAAUAGAAGUGAAACCCUCCAUUAUUGGAAAGAAGAAGCCAGCCACUGCAAAGAAAGGGCUUGGCGCUAAAAAGGGUCUUGGUGCCCAGAAGGUGAGCAGCAAGAGCUUCACUGAGGUGGAAAAACAAGCCCAGGUGGCAGAGAAAAUGAGAGCGGAACAGGCCACUGAGACCAAGAAACAAGCCGAAGACUCCAUAGUGGCCUCGAUGCGACUGGCCUACAAAGAGCUGGAGAUUGACAGGAAGAUGGAGGAGAAGAAACUGAAGAACCUAGAGGGCAAGAAGAAGGAACAGGCGGAGAGGCUGGGCAUGGGAUUCUGCAACAGGAGUGCCGUGUCUCAUUCCGUGAUGGCUGAGAUGCAGGUGAUCGAGCAGGAGACCCCGGUCGGAGUCAAGUCCUCUUCUCGCUCUAAGCUGGACAUGUUUGAUGAGCCCGGGUUCACCUCUGGACCACCAAAGUACAAGGACAACCCUUUCACAUCAGGAGACAGCUUUGGUUCACGGUGGGACAAUGAUGGAGGGUCCUCGUUCUCUUCCUGGGCUCUGGAAAAAGAGGAGCCUAAAGACAGUGAGGUCACCAUCUCAAGCAUCCAGCCAAUCGGAGAAAGGUUGGCCAGCCGACGGAAGCCUGAGGUGUCUGUGCCCGUCACAGAGUCCAGCGAAGCACGACAGAAGUUUGCCAAUGCUAAAGCAAUCUCAUCGGACAUGUUCUUCGGCCGUGAGAGCAACCCAGAGUAUGAAGCAAAGACUCGUCUAGAAAGCAUGACUGGAAGCACCUCCAUCAGCUCUGCUGAUCUGUUUGGUGAUGGCAGUGUCUGUUCCACUGACUGUGGCGCCCAUUCUGUUUCAUUCAUGUACAUCGCUGUAGGCUCAUCAGGAUUUGACAGCGUGCUUCCCUCCGGUCCUGACAUCGCCCAGUUCAAGCAAGGUGUGAAGACUGUUGCAGGGAAGAUGGCAGUGCUGGCUAACGGUGUUAUGAAUACCAUUCAGGAUCGCUAUGGAUCUUACUGA